UUUGUCAUGGACGCACGGCAGAAAAUGUAGGCAUACUGGUGACGUCGAUUGGUACGCGAAGAUGGAUUUUGGGUCGGGGACGGCGUUAGGGAAGAGAGAGAGAAGCUACUUUUGAGUAACGGCCGGCUUCUUUGCAUUCAAGCGAAAAAUGGCCUCCAUUUCCGGCGGGCUUCCGUCUCCUCCACCUUCUCUCUCUACUUGUGCUGCAUCAGGACAGCAACAACACACCGCUCCUCCCUUUGUUUCCGCACGUCUCUUUGCCUCUUCUCUCUCAUCCUCGUCUCUAUUUCUCUCUCAUCAUGGCUCAAACAACAACAACAACAAUGGCUCAAACAACAACAACAAUUAUGGCGACUCCUGGUCUGAUGACAACAAUGGAAUACCUAAUACCUCCUUUUGUUUACUUCUCUCUUUCUCUCUCUUCCCUAAUAACCUUUUCAGUUUAGCUUCUAAGCCAGGAGAGGUGGUUGCAUGGGAGGUGAAGGGAGGGAAAUGGAGUCCUGUUUAUGCUGAUUCCUCGAAGGAUGAGCUCUUUGCUGACAAUGCCCUUCGAUUGUUGUCUUCUGGUGUUUUGGAUUUGGGGAAAAUUCUGGGGAGUUCAUGGUUAUGGUGCCGAGAGCUUGCUGUUCGAUUGAUGUUGCCUGAGGGGUAUCCUGCGAGUGUUAGCAGUGAUUACCUGGAGUAUUCUCUAUGGAGAGCAGUUCAGGGAGUUGCGAGUCAAAUUAAUGGUGUUCUCACCACACAGGCUUUACUUUACGCUGUGGGAUUAGGUAAAGGUGCCAUUCCAACAGCUGCCGCUGUGAAUUGGGUCCUUAAGGAUGGACUUGGCUACCUCAGCAAAAUUUUCCUGUCAAAAUAUGGCCGCCAUUUUGAUGUUCAUCCAAAGGGGUGGAGGCUCUUUGCCGAUUUGCUGGAGAAUGCUGCCUAUGGACUGGAGCUACUAACACCUGCAUAUCCUCAAUUUUUCGUUUUGAUAGGUGCAGCUGCAGGAGCUGGUCGUUCAGCAGCUGCGUUGAUCCAGGCUGCUACAAGGAGCUGUUUCUUUGCAGGAUUUGCUGCACAGAGGAAUUUUGCUGAGGUAAUUGCAAAAGGAGAAGCCCAGGGGAUGGUGAGCAAAUCCAUUGGCAUCAUGCUUGGAAUUGCCUUAGCCAACCAUAUUGGGGCCUCUGGACCAUUAGCUGCUGCUUCUUUUGGAGUAGUUACUGCUGUGCACAUGUUCUGCAAUCUGAAGUCCUAUCAAUCUAUUCAAUUGAGGACCUUAAAUCCAUAUCGUGGAAGUCUGGUAUUCAGUGAGUAUCUUCUCAGUGGUGAGGUACCUCCCGUGAAAGAGGUCAAUGAUGAGGAACCCCUUUUUUCUGGCUCUUCAUUUCUAAAGGUCGUUCCUGUGCAACAUGCGCAAUCUCAGGUACUCUCCGCAGAAGCCAAAGAAGCAGCUGCUCAAAUUGAGAGCAGGUUGCAAUUGGGCUGCAAGCUUAGUGAUGUUGUCAGCAAAAAGGAGGAUGUGCUGGCUCUUUUUGAUCUCUUCGAGAAAGAAGGAUAUAUUCUAACAGAACAGAAAGGGAAAUAUUGUGUUGUACUAAAAGAAGAUUAUUCUCCCCAAGACAUGCUCAAGUCAUUGUUUCAGGUAAGUUACUUGUAUUGGCUCGAGCGAAAUGCAGGUAUUGACUCAAGAAGUGCGUCCACUGACUGCAAACCAGGUGGGAAGAUGCAACUAUCAUAUGACUACGUGCAGAGAGAAUUCAACCAUGUGAAAAAUGACAGUCAAGCAGCUGGGUGGAUCACUGAUGGGCUGAUAGCAAGGCCCUUGCCUUGCAGAGUUCGUGUAGUUAAGCCUCUUCUGGUUUAAUUGAGUUUAUGCUUUGGCGGAACUGUUGGGGGGAUGUAACCAUUGCUUUGAUAGUGUGGUCCGAAAGGUUAUCUUCGAGGAUCUUUUCCAAAUGAUUAUCUUCGGUGGCAAGAUAUUCUGAGCAAAAUGAGAGUUUUGUUGAUCAGGCGAUUUUGGCUUUAAUGCUAUAGCUCCGCAACUUAGAAUACAUUGGGUCAUACAAGUUGAAUUCACUAGUGAUUGCUGCUUGCUGGUGCUUGCUGGCCACGAAAGAGAAACCAUCCAGCUUUCUACGCAAAUUAAAAUUUGUAGUCAUGGUCUUUUUUUUUAUCUUUUUGUGUGGCUUGAUUCUGAGCUUUCUUGGAACAAUGCAAUGUGAGACUGAUAUUUGUGGUACGUUGGCCACAAACAUCUCCAUAGUCAAGGUUUGACUUGGGAUCAAUUAUGGCCAUUGGUCCGAUGGAUUCGUGUCAGCAGGGGUUCUGAAUUUACAGUGGGGCAAAAAGGAGGUCAAGACCCCUUUUGGUAUGGAAUACAGAAUGCUGCUUAUUUAUUGGCGUUUUGCAUUAUAG